AUGGUCUUUGUGGAGGACAGAGGAGAGAGAGAGGGCGAGAGGGAGAGAUUUACAGAGGUAAAGGCGACACGAGCACAACAAGACGGGCGAGCGGAGCGGGACAGACGGGUUGAGGGAGGACACUGGUUUGUGUGCAAACACUGCAAAAACGUGAUUUAUUUAUACCCUCAGUCUGACCUGCCAGUUUGCAGAAUGCAUUACUCUCUACGUAGUACAGAAGUAGAAAUAGAAGGAGAAACCAUGGCAACAGUAAGGCUCUUUUUAGCACACUUUAGCAGCGAACGACAGGCGGAGGGAAUGGGCUUUGUUCAGGCUCAUCUGGACCCAGAGCAGACUGGUUUUAUAGCAGUGGAAAAUUUCACCAGUCUAGCUGAGCACCAUGAGUUACAGCUGGACCCCAGUAAACUGGAGAUGCUGCUGGCGCUGGUACAGAGCGACGAACACGGACACGUCUGCUACCAAGAACUCAUAGAACUGCCGUGUUCCUCUCAGGACCUUCUUCACUCUCUAACACUUGAUACGAGGGGGCAUUCUCUCUCUCUCUCUCUCAAUAAACGUUCCAGUAGUUUCCGCCGAGCCAUUGCAAAUGGGCGUCGCACCCUGCAGCGUGAGAUCCUAUUGGAUGAGACGGGGUUGGGCGUGUACAAGCGCUUCGUGCGCUACGUGGCCUAUGAGAUUCUGCCAUGCGAGACGGACCGCCGAUGGUACUUCCAUCAGAGCAGACUCUGCCCUCCUCCAGUGUUCAUGGCCAUCAUUACCAUUGUGCAGAUCAUAGUGUUUAUGUGUUACGGCGUGAUGCUCAAUAAAUGGGUGUUGCAAACCUACCAGCCGGAUUUCAUGAAGAGUCCACUGGUGUAUCAUCCCGGACACCGCGCUCAAAUCUGGAGGUUCUUCAGCUAUAUGUUCAUGCAUGUUGGAUUAGAGCAGUUGGGUUUCAACGCUCUUCUCCAGCUGAUGAUUGGAGUUCCUCUGGAGAUGGUUCAUGGGAUCCUGAGGAUCAGUCUGCUGUAUAUGGCAGGAGUUGUCGCUGGUUCACUGACGGUGUCCAUCACGGAUAUGCGCGCUCCGGUGGUGGGCGGGUCCGGCGGGGUCUAUGCACUCUGCUCAGCACAUCUCGCCAACGUUGUCAUGAACUGGGCCGGUAUGAAGUGUCCAUACAAAUUGCUACGGAUGAUUCUUGCACUUGUUUGCAUGAGUUCAGAGGUGGGCCGUGCCGUAUGGCUGCGUUUCUCCCCGCCCCUCCCCUCCUCCGGACCGCAGCCCAGUUUCAUGGCUCAUCUGUCGGGCGCAGUGGUGGGCAUCAGCAUGGGGCUGCUGAUCUUGCGGAGCUAUGAGGAAUCUCUGCAUAAACAGUGCUCCUGGUGGGUCCUCAUCUUCUCCUUCAUCACCUUCCUCCUCUUCGCCAUCUUCUGGAACAUUUUCGCUUACGAGCUGCUCGGGGUACAGAUCCCGCCCCCUCCCUGAUGACACGCCCCCCUCUGGUGGCCCCGAAAAGCCACGCCCCCCUGUCCGACACAGGUCCGACCUCAAUCUACUCCGCUCGACCAGCAGCGGAGACACGGACGUAAAAACCAGAAGGAAGGAUUUCAGUGGUGUGAAAUGAUAACGCAUACUCAUAUUCCAUACAGAAGCAGCAAACACAAAUGGCGUGGUAUUUUUAAUGAACACUCUGAGGCAGCACAAGGGUCCGGCGAGUUUAUUUGAACAGACCGUCAAUACGUCGUACACACACACAAACGCACACACACGUACAUCAGAUUUGUUGUGUAUUUCAGCCCGAGGCUCGUUCAUGAUGCCUUUCUGUAUUGUUUUGAUUUGACUGUUUCAUCUAAGCCUGUUAUGCAUUACAGAUACCAUCCGUAGUAGAUGAAACGCCAGGAAUCUCGCUGACUAAAAACAAAGCCUUACACUUGAAGACACGGCAAAGUCCUCAGUGAGGUAGGGGGUUGAUGUUGAUGUCAUUUGAUGCUGUUUAUUUUUGGAUAAUUAC